AUGUCCAACGGUAUCGAAGGCCAAAUGAGUAUGCACCUUUCUACUCCCACAGCCCGUGCUCACCCUGCUGCAGAAACAAUGAGCCUCUCUGGCGCUGCCAAGUCGUACAUCCCUCCCCACCUCCGUAACCGCCCCGCUGCCCCAGUCGCCCCGCCUGCCGCUGCCGCCCCCGCCCCUGCUUACCGACCUUCCCCUACCGGUCUCCCCACCCCCGCCACCACUCCCCCUACCAGGAGCAUGCCCCCUCCCUCGGCUGCUGCGCCCGGGGCCAGCGGCUGGGAUGUGCCCGCUGCUCGUGUAAAGAGGACUUUUGACGGUGGCGCCCCCCCCGGUUUCGGUACCUGGAAAGAUGGCAAGCACAUUGUCGGAGCUAGAAACCCCAGAACAGAAAAGGAGUUGUACGGUGAAGUCGGAGAUGGGUUGCACCAGUCUACUGGUAUCAACUUUGACCGAUACGCUGAUAUCCCCGUCGAAAUCUCUGGAGAAGGCGCCCCCGAGCCCGUCACCGAGUUUACCUCCCCUCCCAUCGACCCUGUCCUUAUCGAGAACAUUAUGUCUUCUCGUUACACCACCCCCACCCCUGUCCAAAAGUACUCCAUCCCCACCAUCGCCCAAGGCCGUGACUUGAUGGCGUGUGCCCAGACUGGUUCUGGUAAGACCGGUGGUUUCCUCUUCCCCAUUCUUUCUGCCCUCUACACCUACGGUCCUGUCGCUCCCCCUGCCGAGGCCGACUCUGGCUUCCGUGGCUACGGCGGCAGGGGCCGAAAGGCUUACCCCACUGCCCUUAUCCUCGCCCCCACCCGAGAGCUUGUCUCUCAGAUCCACGAGGAGGCCCGUAAAUUCGCCUACCGAUCUUGGGUGCGACCUGCCGUCGUCUAUGGCGGUGCCGAUAUCCGUCAACAGAUGAGUCAGAUCGAGCGAGGCUGUGACCUCUUGUCUGCCACUCCCGGUCGUCUUGUCGACCUUAUCGAGCGAGGCAAGAUCUCUCUUACCAACGUCAAGUACCUUGUUCUCGAUGAGGCCGACCGAAUGCUUGACAUGGGUUUCGAGCCCCAGAUCAGGCAGAUUGUUGAGCGAGAGGGUAUGCCCGGUGUCGAGGACCGUCAGACUUUGAUGUUUUCCGCCACCUUCCCCAGGGAGAUCCAGCACCUUGCCAGGGCUUUCCUCAAGGACUACAUCUACCUCACCGUCGGCCGAGUCGGUUCCACCUCUGAAAACAUUACUCAACGUGUCGAGUAUGUCGACGACCAGGACAAGCGCUCUUUGCUCCUCGAUCUGCUCCUUGCCGAGCAGACUGGCGGUUUGAUCCUCGUCUUUGUCGAGACCAAGCGAAUGGCCGACACUCUCUGCGACUUCCUCUGCCAGCGACGCCACAACGCCACCUCUAUCCACGGUGACCGAACCCAGCGCGAGCGUGAGGCUGCCCUCCACGCCUUCAAGUCUGGCCGUGCCCCCAUCCUCGUCGCCACCGCCGUCGCCGCCCGAGGUCUCGAUAUCCCCAACGUCACCCACGUCAUCCUCUACGACCUCCCCACCGACGUCGCCGAGUACACCCACCGAAUCGGUCGUACCGGCCGUGCCGGAAACGUCGGUACCUCUACCGCCUUCUUCAACCGAGGCAACUUGAGCAUCGGGCGGGACUUGAUUGAGCUCCUCAAGGAGGCCAACCAGGAGGUGCCUCAGUGGCUCGUUGAGAUUUCUUCAGAGUCUCGAGGCUUUGGCGGGAGCAGCUAUGGUGGACGAGGAAGGGGCGGACGACGAGGUGGUGGUGGUGGUGGUGGCGGUUUCUCGUCCGGUGGGCGAGACUUGCGUCAAUCCACUGGUGGUGGCUUUGGCGGCGGCUCUCGAGGCGGUUACGGUGGUGGUGGCCCCAGCUUUGGAGGCGGUGGUUUCCCUUCUGCCGCUGGCGGCUCUAGCGCUAGUUGGUGGUAA